AUGAACAACAGGUUAAAGGAUUUGAAGAAAAAAGCUCAAGGAAGAGCCGAUGAUCUUGAUGAAAUUGCCUUACAGGAUAAAUACGAACACGGAGACUUGGAAAGAGCUGAAGGUGGUUACUCCAACGGAAGGUUGAUUCCAAAGGAAUCAGAAUUUGUUUCUGAAUUUUUCAGUCAAGUCAGUGAGAUUAAAACUAGAAUUAAUAAGAUUGAUGAAAAUGCAACCUUAAUGGAAAAACAAUAUAACAGCAUCAUAGCAGAAGUAAAGAAAGAAGCAAACACAAAAGCUUUUAAACAAAAAGUCACAGCCCUAUCCGAUGAUAUUGAUGACGACAUGAGAUUUGUGAAGAGGAGUCUUGAAGAAAUGGCUCAAACCAACAGAAUUUUAGAAGAACAUUCCGCAGAGAGGAGAAUGAGAGAAAAUCAACAUGCAUCACUCACACAGCUUUUCUUCACUGUUAUGCAACGAUUUAACGGAAUUCAAGCAGCUUGUAAACAAAGAUACAGAGAUGAUUUAAUGCGAAAUCUCAGAAAUAUUUAUAGUGAAGAUGAAAAGUCAGAUGAAGAACUCAAUGAAAUGAUAGAAUCCGGUCAAAUUCAAGAGGGAAAUUUAUAUGGAAAGUUUUUGUUAAAAAACUCAACACAAAACACUAUCAAAUCUACUUACAGUGAGAUCAAGGAAACCCAUGAAGAUUUGAAACGACUGGAAUUAUCCAUGAGCGAACUUCAAGAUAUGUUCAGAGAUUUGCACUCUCUUUUAAUGAUGCAACAAGAUUUGAUCGAUAACAUAGAAGACAAUGUAUUAAGAAGUGUUGACUAUACUGAAAAGGGUGUUAACAAUAUCAAGACUGCAAAGAAAGUGGCUGACAAGACCAGACAUGCCAAGUGCUGUUUGUUUGUCAUUGUAAUUGUUGUCGCAAUUGUUGUUAUUUUGAUUGUGGCUGGUGUUAUUGGUAUUUCUGUUCCUCUUUCUAUAUUGAAGUAG